AAAUGGAAGUGAAGAAGAAGAAAAAUACAGGUGGGAAAGGAAGGUACUGUGUUGCUGGAGCACCUAACGAAACCAGCUGUACAAAUAAUAGUUACACGCCUGGAGUAUCGAUGCAUAUUUUCCCAAGAAACCCGCAGCAAAGAAGGCAGUGGGUCUCUUUCGUUCGAAGGCAUAGAGCCGGCUUCACUCCAUCUGCUACUUCCGCGUUAUGCUCAAUCCAUUUCAAACCGACUGACUUUGCGAGGAGAAUAGACAUUAGCAUUGGAAACCCAAGUGAAAACAUUACAAGCCUAAGAAGACUUGAAAUCGGAGCGAUUCCAACAAUCGAUGCAGCUGGAACCCUUUCAGGAACGCCGGAAAGUCAAAGGGAUAAACGGAAUGCGAGAAAGGCUUUAAAAAAAGCGAUAGACGACGAAACGAUAGCGAAGUUGCCUAACAUUGACCCUAAAACCAAAGACACUGCCGAUCCCUUCAUCCUUGAAUCAGUUCAAUGCUCAAGUGAGGCUCAUUCAGACGAAUCUGUAGACACCCUAACCACAACAAAAGAAGCUAGCUGCCUUAAAUGUCCAGUUUUGUCAGCUAAGCUAGUUACAUGCCAGAAAAAGAACAGUAGGCUAAAGAAAGAGGUGAAGAUGCUGAAAAAGAGAGUACAUGAGUUGGAAAACCAGAAUGACGAUCUAUCCAGCUCUGAUGAUGAGGAAACGAAUCACCAAGAUGCUGAUGGUGACAUUUAUUAUUAUGGAGAAUCGGAAGAUGAUGGUGGAAAUGAUGUUUUGUAUGAUGUUUUAGAAGAGAAUGAUAAUUUGGAUUCUAGUGACAGUAAUGUUGAUUAUGGGGAGGCAGAAUCAGGUGGAGAAGAACCGGAAGAAACAAUUGAAGAUGCCUUCACUAAUGCCACUAUGAGAAAAACAAAAAAUGCAAUCAAGUAAGUAUAGAACAUUUAAACACAAUAGUAAGAUAGGGAUUAAUACAGUAAAGGCACUAGUUAAUAUUUUACUGAAGACAAAAUGGCUUGACAAUUAUAUCCACUCACAUUAUAUAGAUUGACAGAUAUUUAUUUAGAUAGAUUCAAGCUAUCAAUGAAGAUGCUUUCACUAAAUUCUCAUACCUUCGCUAUGUUACUGUUCUUGGCCACAUGAAUAGUAUUUAAUACAUUUUAUUUCUUUGCAUUAGCAAGGUUUUUAAUGAUACCUAUUUUAUGCAGCAUCGAGGAAAAUAUUUCAACCCAAGACGAACCAAAGUUCAUUGUAUUUCAAUCAAUGUUGGUGGCAUUAUUUUCUUUGUUCUGCUUCAAAUGUGGAGAAAAGAAACCAUGGGUUGAAUUUGUUAAGUAUGGUACCAUGGUAAAGGUCAUCCAGUCAUGCAGGAAAUGCAAAAGAAAAUUCAUCUGGAGCAGCCAGCCAUUGG